AUGGCUAAAGAGAGCAUUCAUACCAGGACAAAUGAGAAGGCUACUGACGCCGAAAACAAAGAAAAAUCCUCUCCUGACAAGGACCACAUCGGCAAUGACAGGGCAUUCAAGGGUGACGAUUCUGACGGGAGGGUCAAUUGGACGAUUCGCAACAAAAUGGCUGCUCUCACUCUUGGAAUGCUCUAUAUAGGUUCCCAAAUCGUUCUAUACAUGGUUGGUGCCGAGUUGGCGUACAUCGAAGUCGCGCUCGCCGUAAAGGGGCGUGUAGGCUGGCUCACGGUUUCAAAUACCCUGGCUAUCACAGCGAUUGCGCCAUUUACUGGGUAUCUCCAGGAUGUUGUCGGCCGACGAGAGAUUACCCUUAUUGGAUCAGGUUUUGUUUGCAUUGGAAUUACGCUGGUGGCAAGCGCACAUGGCUUUGGUCAAGCAGUGGUAGGAAUGGCUAUCUCAGGAGCCGGGGCUGGUAUCUGUGAGUUGACUGCACUGGCGGGAGUGUCGGACAUUGUUUCAGUUAAACAUCGUGGGUACGGUGUGGCACUGAUGAUGGCGUGUAUCUUGCCAUUUACGCCUUAUGUGAUAUAUGGGCAGCUCAUAUCAUCCCGCUCCAACUGGAGAUGGGGAAUAUGGCUAUGCCUAUUCUACAAUUUGGUUGUGCUGGUUGGACUCAUAACGACUUAUCACCCUAAAGGCCACCCCCGAAUGGAGGGUGUGACUAAGCGAAAAAUUGCUUCUCGCAUUGACUACAUCGGCGCACUGCUUUCUAUUAUUGGUCUUACGAUACUUUUAAUUGCUCUGCAAGCAGGAGGGUACUCCCACCCUUGGAACAGCACAUUCGUCCUAACUCAACUUAUCAUCGGAAUCAUUUCACUCGGUGGAUGGAUAGUGUGGGAGUGGAAAUAUGCUCAAUACCCGAUGGUCCCCAAACAAAUUUUUCAAGGCCAGCGAGUUGUUGCUUUGGCAUUUUUCAUUGCCUUUGUUGGCGGAAUCAAUUUCUACUCCUUGAUCAAUUUUUAUCCAUUGUCCUUCGCCACUAUGUACAAUCCAGAUCCGAUCCAAAUUGGCCUCAAAGGACUUGGAUAUGGUAUCUCAGUUACUGUUGGUGCGAUGUUCUUCAACGCACUCAUCUCCACGAGUAUCGAAGUCAAAUGGAUUCUGCUAGCGUCGGCUACUCUCAUGACUAUAUUUGGAGCAGCCCUGAUCAACGCGAAUCCAACAAAUGGGUCGUUCGUGAUUGCGAUGGGUACUCUUGCCGGAUUUGGUGUUGGAGGUAUUCUUGUACCCGCUGCAACUGUCGCCCUGGUCGUGGUUCCUGAUAGCCUCCUCGCGACUACUGCAGCAUUGUCGCUCUCUAUACGAACACUCGGUGGUACGAUUGGCUACACCAUAUACCUCGCGGUCUUCAUGAAUAAACUGUCCACCAACCUCCCGAAUUCGGUCGCUCGAUACGUCACCGAAGCGGGGCUAUCAGGAAAGGAUGUUGAGAAUUUUGUGACGAUUUUUCUCACUGAUCCAGCAAACAUUGACAAUGUGCCUGGCUAUACAGUCGAAAUUGCAGCUGCAGCGAAUUUAGGAAGCAGGUGGGGUUACUCAGAAUCACUGAAGUGGGUGUGGGUUACUAGCGUUCCAUUUGGUGUCUUGGCCAUGGUUGCAUGUUGUCUUCUCCCUUCAAUUAAGAAGUGGCAGACAAGAAGAAUUGCUGUGGAAUUAUGA